AUGGCGUCGCACCAGCUCGCACGCGGCGCGCGGCACCUCGUCCAGCAGGCCGUCGCAUCCUCCAGCAGCAUCGCCGCCGGCGCCAGCGCCAGCACCAGUACGGGCACCAGCUCCGCCUUUGCGUUCGCCUCGGCGGUGCCGCACUCGUCCCUGCGAUGCUUUAGCGCCUCCGCGGCACAGUCGGCGGCAAAGGCCAAGGCCGUGACGCCAAAGAAGAAGUCGACUGUCAAGAAAAAGACCCAUACCGGUCCCAGAGGCAUGGGUGGACCCAAGAGGAAGGGCGGUCUCGAUGCGGGACCCUCGGCGUCCAAGACGUCCGAGUUCCACCAGGACGCUCCGGACAUGUCUUCGCUGGGCGUGUUCAGCUCCGAGAGCAUCACCAAGGCCGUCGUGGGCAAGCCGCUGGCGUGGAACGACAAGGCGCUGAGCGCGUUCAAGCACUUUGGGCUGCCGCGCGACCUGCAGAGGGAGCUGGCGGCGCAGCCGCGGCCGCGGACGCUGGUGCGCGAGCAGACGCUCAAGGUGCUCGACCGGCUCGACGCGGCGGCCAAGAGCGGGCAGACGCAUAAGCUCGUCCUCACCGGCUCGCCCGGGUGCGGCAAGUCGACGCUGCUGGCGCAGAGCGUGUCGUAUGCGCUCGACGAGGGGUGGGCCGUCGUCUACGUUCCGCAGGCCAUCGACCUGAUCAAUUCGUCGACGACCUACUCGUACAGCCCCUCGCAGCUCGCCUACCUCCAGCCCGAGGUGACGCGGAGCAUGAUCUCUGCCAUGCUGCAGCUCAACCAGGCCAUUUUCAAGCGCAUCGCCACGGCCGAGGCCGUCGAGCUGGAGCGGUCCGCCACGCUCGAGGCGGGCACGACGCUGGACAAGGUGGCCCGCCAGGGCAUCGACGAGAACCUCAACGCCGCCGCGCGCCAGCAGGUGCUUGACCUGAUCCUCCAGACGCUCGCCCGCCAGACCGAGGUGCCGGUGCUGGUGGCCGUCGACGAGGUGCAGGCCCUCUUCCGCACCUCGCUCUACCGCGACCCGGACUACGCGGCGCUCGAGUCGUACGAGCUGGGCGUGCCGCGCUCCCUCCUGGCUCUGCUCGAGGGCAAGGGCAGCUUUGCAUCGCAGCGCCUCGUCUUUGUCGGAGCGCUCAGCAGCACCCAGACAGAGUACCCGACCCCGACAGAGCUGCAGGUGGCGCUCCAGGACAGGGCGGGCGGCCCCGACGCCAUCCCGGCCCUCGGACGCGCGGCACACGCCUACGUCCGUCUGCAGCAGCGCCACCUCGCCAAUGCCCACGCCGCCGCCCUCGAACCCGUCGACGUGUCCGACCCGCUCACGACGUCCGAGGCCGCCGCCCUCUUUGCGCAGCUCAAGGGCGAACGCAAGCUCUGGUCGCCGGCCAACGACGAGCUCUUUGUCGCCAAGUUUGUCGAGAGCGCGGGCAACCCGCGUCGCUUUAGCCGCAGCCUCACCUCGACCCUCUUGUGA